AUGCUGCCGCCGUCCAAGGGACUGACGACGGCCGAAGCGGAAGAGCUCCUUGCCAAAUACGGACGCAACGAGCUCCCGGAGAAGAAAACGCCCAGUUGGCUGAUAUUUGUGCGUAACCUAUGGGGUCCUAUGCCUUUUGCGCUGUGGGUCGCCAUCAUCAUUGAGUUUGCGCUGGAGAACUGGCCUGACGGUGCCAUUCUUCUUGUUAUUCAGCUUGCCAAUGCCACAAUUGGGUGGUAUGAGACAAUCAAGGCAGGCGACGCUGUGGCUGCGCUGAAGAACUCACUGAAGCCCGUGGCGACCGUCCACCGUGACGGAGCAUGGCAGCAGCUGGAUGCCGCGCUGCUGGUGCCCGGUGAUCUUGUGAAGCUCGCAUCCGGCUCCGCGGUGCCUGCCGAUUGCAGCAUCAACGAGGGUGUGAUUGACGUGGACGAGGCGGCGCUGACGGGUGAGUCGCUUCCCGUGACGAUGGGAACGGACCACAUGCCCAAAAUGGGCUCAAACGUUGUGCGCGGUGAGGUGGAUGGGACGGUGCAGUACACUGGACAAAACACCUUUUUUGGCAAAACUGCGGUGUUGCUGCAGUCAGUGGAAUCCGAUCUUGGAAAUAUUCAUGUGAUUCUCUCACGAGUGAUGGUGGUGCUGACAAGUUUCUCAUUUACUUUGUGCCUUAUCUGCUUUAUCUACUUGAUGCUAAAGUUUUACGAAACAUUUCGCCGUUCGUUACAGUUUUCCGUCGUGGUGCUUGUGGUGUCCAUUCCGAUUGCCCUUGAGAUUGUCGUGACGACGACGCUGGCUGUGGGCUCAAAGAAGCUGUCGAGGCACAAGAUCAUUGUGACGAAGCUGACCGCAAUUGAGAUGAUGUCAGGUGUGAACAUGCUGUGCUCCGACAAGACGGGGACGCUGACGCUGAACAAAAUGGAGAUUCAGGAUCAGUGCUUUACGUUUGAGAAGGGCUACGACCUGCGCUCCGUGCUUGUGCUGGCCGCACUUGCUGCGAAGUGGCGUGAGCCCCCUCGUGACGCCCUGGACACAAUGGUGCUGGGGGCUGCGGAUUUGGACGAGUGUGACAACUACACACAGACUGAAUUUGUGCCGUUUGAUCCGACAACGAAGCGCACGGCCGCCACCCUUGUGGACAAGCGAACGAACGAGAAGUUCAGCGUGACGAAGGGCGCGCCACACGUGAUUAUCCAGCUGGUGUACAACCAGGACGAGAUCAAUGACCAGGUGGUUGAAAUCAUCGACAGUCUUGCCGCGCGUGGUGUCCGUUGCCUCUCUGUGGCGAAGACGGACUCGCAGGGCCGCUGGCACCUGUGCGGCAUUCUGACGUUUCUUGACCCCCCACGCCCCGACACGAAGGAAACGAUCCGCCGGAGCAAGCAGUACGGUGUGGACGUGAAGAUGAUUACAGGCGACCAUGUGCUGAUUGCGAAGGAGAUGUGCCGCAUGCUUAACCUUGACCCGAACAUCCUAACGGCCGACAAGCUGCCCAAGGUGGACGUGAAUGAUCUGCCGGAUGACCUGGGCGAAAAGUACGGGGAGAUGAUGCUUGGUGUGGGUGGGUUUGCGCAGGUGUUUCCUGAGCACAAGUUUAUGAUUGUUGAGGCUCUUCGUCAGUAUGGGUUUACAUGCGCAAUGACGGGUGACGGCGUGAAUGACGCGCCCGCCCUGAAGCGUGCGGAUGUGGGUAUUGCCGUGCAGGGUGCGACGGACGCUGCGCGAGCCGCGGCUGACAUGGUGCUGACUGGUCCUGGUCUGAGCGUUGUGGUUGAGGCGAUGCUUGUGUCCCGACAGGUGUUCCAGUGCAUGCUUUCUUUCUUGACGUACCGUAUAUCCGCCACUUUGCAGCUGGUGUGCUUUUUCUUUAUUGCCUGCUUCUCCUUGACGCCCCGUAACUAUGGCAGCGUCGAUGCGGAUUUCCAGUUCUUCCACCU